GUGAGCUUCCUCCGCUCCUCUGACAAACACUGACACAAAUAAUUUAGUGUUCGUUGAACACAGUUCUUGUCGGACGGAGAGAAGAAGUUGGCUAAAAGAAGAAACUAGCAUGUCUAAGGUUUACGACAAAAACUGAAGAAGAAGAAAAUGACUGAAGCAAGACAAGUUUUUAUGGUAAUGGUGCACUUUAUUCUGCUCUCAUUAGCUCAUCAGAGGAGGUCUGUGGAGGGUAGACAGGACAAAUUGGGUCACACAAAGACGGGACUCAGCAAAUUUAAUCGGACUAUUUCCUGUUCUUUUAAAUGGAGGAACGUCGAUGGCAUUUGCCAGCCAGCGUGCAGGAAGUCCUGUGGAAAUGGAAAAUGCGUGAGACGAGACAAGUGUUCAUGCUUCCCAGGGUAUGAAGGAUCACAGUGUGAUGAAGAUGUGAACGAGUGCGGUUUGCUGGAGAGACUGUGUUCCCAACGCUGCGUGAACACACCCGGUAGCUAUCGCUGUUACUGCGAACCAGGGUACACACUCAGUGCAGAUGGAUACACCUGUGUCAGAGAGACCACAUGUUUCGCUCUGCGCUGCCAGUUUGGCUGCCAGCUGGAGAAAGUGGGAGUGGGUCAGUGCCUGUGUCCCCCUGGCCUCCACCUGGCUGUUGAUAACAGGACCUGUGAAGACGUCAACGAGUGUCAGGAUCCUGAUGUGUGUCCACAUCAGCGGACCUGCAGGAACACUUUUGGCAGUUUUCUUUGUGUUUGCCGGGAUGGUUUUGUGAUGGGAACUGUGCACGGCUCUGUGGAAUGUCGAGACAAAGAUGAGUGUUUAAUUGGAAGUCACCAGUGCAGCCGUCAUGCUCGCUGCAUCAACACGGUCGGUUCUUACACUUGCCACUGUUCAGACGAUUACUUUGGCAACGGGCGCACCUGCAGGCUCAAGAGGACCCCACAGUCUAAGGCUGUCAUGUACUUCAACUACAAACUCUCCAAAAGGAUGAAGCCCAUAGAUCCCUAUGGAACCAUCAUGCCUCAAAAAAGGAGAACUGGAAACAAUGAACAUCAAUUUAAGAGACUUUCAAAGGACAAGUGUUCAUAGAUCCAGUUUAGAUGUAAUAUUAUGUGGUUCAGAUGGGAAUUUUCUGAUCUUUAUCCUUGCAGAAGGGUCAUUAUUUUAUACUUUGUGCACACCUUUGGGAUACUACACUCAGGACCAAUUAAAACAAAGGCCGCACCUUGCUUGUGUUUCUCUUGGAUGUAGAGCUGAAAUGAAACACUGGAUGUUUCCCAGCGUCCUCACCAGUGCUCCAGAGGCACAACACAAAAGGCCAUUUCUAAUGACUGGUAAGGCAUGAAAUAUUCUUUUUUUAUGUUGUUGUUGUUGUUGUGUGAUGAAAAAAAUGCAGUUUUGUGCGAUCCCAGACCUGAGAAUUUGUCAAUAAAAGGCUGACCUCUGGUGGAUGGAUCAGAGAAGAUACUGAAGGUGCUUUUCUUACUGUAUUUUCCAAUAAAAAUCGAUGACACACCUGGAA